AUGGCGUUGGACAAGGAGCAGCGCGAGUACCUCCGAGCCUCGGCCAUGGAUGGCAAUGAUACGCUGAAGCUGCUUUUGCCUGCAGCGGGUUUUGCAAUUGGCGUGUUUGGCUCAGUCGCUGAUGUUGUUGAACUGUCACACGACACAAAGCGCAUACGAUUGUCCUUGGGCGGCAAGAGCACAAUUCUAGGGCUUCCAGUGGGCAAGCACAUUGUGGUCUACGGACCCAAUCCGCCGCAGUGUCUUUCAUCCGGCACUUGGAAUGGCAAGCCGGACCCUGACAAGGGAAAAGCUGAGAUUGACCGGAAGUACACACCGGUCACAGGCAAUGAGCAGCCAGGCUAUGUAGACUUAGUUGUAAAGAUCUAUAAGCCUGGCACUGUGAAGAUGCCGGAUGGUAAGGAAGUGAAAUGGGAUGAUGGUGGCAAAAUCGGGAUGUACUUGGACAGUCAGAAGCCGGGCGACUGGGUGGAGAUCAUGGGCCCUUUGGGGGUCAAUGAGUACCUUGGCCGCGGCACCUUCAAACUUCCCGGAAAGACUGUCACUGUGAAGCAUGUCGGCAUGCUGGCAGGUGGCACUGGGCUGACUCCAAUGUUGCAGGUAGUGCAGGCAGCCCUCCGAGAUAGCGGCGACAAGUGCAACUUCUAUUUGAUCUAUGCCAACAAAACAGAAGAUGACAUUCUCUGUCGCGACAUGUUAGACGACCUGGCGAAAAGCAGUGGAGGCCGCUUCAAGCUCUACUACACCCUAGAUUUUCCACCUGCGGAUUGGCAGCACAAGACGGGCUUUAUCACCGCUGACAUGAUCAAGGAAUGCCUGCCGCCUCCAUCACAAGACUCACUGGUACUAAUGUGUGGACCGCCGCCGAUGAUUGAAUUUGCGUGCAAGAAGAACCUGGAGGCAAAACCCUGCGACAGAUCCGAAAACACGUUUCAGAAAGCCACGAAAAUGUCUCAAACAAAGGACAAGACAUCACAUGAAUUCAUACGUUUCACAAACAGAUGUUUGCAGGCCUUGGGCUUCAGCAAGCAGCAAAUGGUAGCCUUUUGA